UUAGUUCCACUUUUGAGUUGACGACGUGCGCGUUACAAACUUGGCUAACGGCUGAAAGCGAACAGAAGUUUUUCGAACGAACCAACGAAAACGACGGAAAUGAAGUUGGCUAAGAAGUACUCCACCUACUUGGUGAUAUGCCUGGUUCUGCUGGCCUGCUGCUUGCAGGAAUCGGAGGCCACGCGACGCGUGAACCGCGGUCGUCGCACCCUCACCCGCAGAUACUUCAGUGGCCUUGCCAUUCCCGGCUGGGCUCUGAUCGUCUGCAUUGCCGUGGGCGAACUGUUGAUUGGCGGAGCCCUCUACUUCAUCCUAAAGAAGGUGAUUUUGGACAAGGAACCCGAUCCGUCGCCCGCCUCGUACACUCCCGCCAUAAAUCAUGAGACGACCCCCACCUACACUCCUGCCCAGACGCAUGAGACGGCCAAUGUGACUCCCACGCCCACUUCGCAUGCCACCGAAAUUGCUUGAAGAGCAGGAUUUUAGUCGGAGGUUCAUAGCGCUAUCCUAUCCAAUUCAGUUCAGUUUACACUAGUUUUAUUGUCAUUUAAUCAACACGCGCAGAACAUGUAAGUUCUGUGCCCUUUGUUUGCCUUCAUUUUCGAAUAAAGCCAUUAAAAUCAUUAAA